AAAAGCUCCUUUUUGCCGCGGCGCAAGACAAGAAGAUUAUUAGUAUACGCGCAGGGCAGGAGAGUAAGCGCGAGGAAGGCGGAGAGACUUAAUACUAGUUUUCGUCCUGGUCGGUGGACCACCCCACUUGUCCGUGCGCGUGUGAACUGUCCUGAAACUGAAUGAAAGCCGCACAGACAGCCGCUCUUCCUGCUCCUAGUGACAGGCUCUCGUAGGUGAGCAGCCUGCAGGUUCACAGUUAUUUUAAGCAGCUUUGCCGGAGCCUUUCUUUUUUAAUUCAGGAAGAAGAGAAGGGAGUGAAAGUCAUGGGCAGAGGUGGAGAAUUGAAAAGAAGUUAGCGCUACAGGAAAAUAAGCUUUGGAAAAAACAGACUGACAAAGAAGAAGUGUCCCGGAGAGGGAAGAGGAACAGGAUGGGUAUGGAUUUCAGCACCCUUCGGACCCUCAUCAGCAGAUAUGCUUCAUAUGUAGGAUGUCUUAUGCUGGCAGGUUCAAACUGGAUCUCACUCUACUUCUUGCUGUGUGUUGGUGAGGAGAACUGGGUGGACAGCAGGACGAUUUAUAUUGGACACAAGGAGCCUCCUCCAGGAACUGAGGCCUUUAUACAGCAAAGAUUCCCUGACAACAGAAUAGUCUCCUCCAAGUACACAUUCUGGAACUUCAUCCCUAAGAAUAUGUUCGAGCAGUUCAGGAGAGUCGCCAACUUCUACUUUCUCAUCAUAUUUCUGGUUCAGUUGAUCAUCGACACUCCCACCAGUCCGAUCACCAGCGGACUGCCGCUCUUCUUUGUCAUCACAGUCACCGCCAUAAAACAGGGUUACGAGGACUGGCUGAGACACAAAGCAGACAACUCCGUCAACCAGUGUCCUGUCCACAUUGUGCAGCACGGGAAAGUGGUCUGCAAACAAAGUCGCAAGCUCAGGGUUGGAGAUGUCGUCUUCAUGAAAGAAAAUGAGACUUUUCCCUGCGACCUUAUCCUUCUUUCCACAUCUCGAGAUGAUGGGACCUGCUAUGUUACUACAGCCAGUCUGGAUGGAGAGAGCAGCCACAAGACAUACUAUGCAGUUCAGGACACCAAAGCUUACAACACAGAGAAGGAGGUGGACUCUAUCCACGCUACCAUAGAGUGUGAACAACCACAGCCGGACCUGUACAAAUUUGUGGGCCGUAUCAACUUCUACAUGAACAAUGAGCCAGUGGCCAGGCCGUUAGGAUCAGAGAACCUGCUGCUCCGAGGAGCCACACUCAAGAACACUGAGCACGUCUAUGCCGUUGCCAUCUACACUGGCAUGGAAACCAAGAUGGCUCUCAACUACCAGUCCAAGUCUCAGAAACGAUCUGCAGUGGAAAAGUCAAUGAAUGCCUACCUGGUGGUCUACCUGUGCAUUCUCAUCAGCAAGGCCUUUGUCAACACGGUGCUGAAAUAUGUGUGGCAGGCCGACCCCAACAGAGACGAGCCCUGGUACAACCAGAGGACAGAAGCAGAGAGACAGAGACACAUCUUGAUCAGGGCGUUCACAGACUUCCUGGCCUUCAUGGUUCUUUUCAACUACAUCAUUCCUGUCUCCAUGUACGUUACCGUGGAGAUGCAGAAGUUCCUGGGCUCCUAUUUCAUCAUGUGGGACGACGAGAUGUUUGACGAGGAGCUGGGAGAGCGAGCUGUGGUCAACACGUCAGACCUGAACGAGGAGCUGGGACAGGUGGAGUAUGUGUUUACAGACAAGACAGGGACUCUAACAGAGAACAACAUGGAGUUCAUAGAGUGCUGUGUGGACGGACACGUUUAUGUUCCUCAUGCUAUCUGUAACGGACAGCUGAUGCCUGGUGCAGCCAGUAUGGACAUGAUCGACACAUCACCGGGUCCUGAGGCCAAGGAGCAUGAGGAGCUGUUUUUCCGGGCACUGUGUUUAUGCCACACGGUGCAGGUGAAGGAGGAGGAGACAGUGGAUGGGAUCAAGCAUGGUAUACACCAGGGCAAGUCCACUUCCUUCUACAUCUCCUCAUCUCCGGACGAGGUGGCGCUGGUGGAGGGCAUGAAGAGGCUCGGUUUCACCUAUCUGAGACUCAAGGACAGUCACAUGGAGAUCCUGAAUAGAGAGGAUGAGAUUGAGAGGUUUGAGCUGCUGGAGGUUUUGACAUUUGACUCAGUCAGACGGAGGAUGAGCGUCAUUGUCAGGGCCAGCACUGGUGAGCUCUAUCUGUUCUGUAAAGGUGCAGACUCCUCCAUCUUCCCCAGGGUUGUAUCAGGCAAGGUGGAGCAGGUCAAAGCUCGGGUGGAGCACAACGCAGUGGAGGGUCUGAGGACACUUUGUGUUGCCUAUCGGCCUCUGAGUCCCGAACAGUACCAGGAGAUUUGUCACCUGCUGAGCGGGGCCAAGUUAGCACUACAGGACCGCGACAAACGACUUGUUGAGGCCUAUGACCUCAUUGAGAAAGAUCUGAUACUGCUGGGAGCCACUGCUGUGGAGGACAGGCUCCAGGAAAAAGCAGCAGACACCAUUGAGUCCCUCCACAAGGCAGGGAUGAAGGUGUGGGUGCUGACCGGCGAUAAGAUGGAGACAGCGGCUGCAACCUGCUAUGCCAGCAAGCUUUUUCGCCGCAACACCCAGAUCCUGGAGCUGACCACCAAACGCACCGAGGAGCAGAGCCUACAUGACGUCCUGUUUGACCUGAGCAGGACGGUCCUGAGGCAGCACGGAGGCAUGACCAGGGACACCUUCUCUGGUUUAUCAGAUGACUGUACUGACUAUGGUCUGAUCAUCGAUGGAGCCACCCUCUCUGCGGUGAUGAGGCCCUCCCAGGAGGACUCAAACUCAGGGAACUACAAAGAAAUCUUCCUAGAAAUCUGCCGCAACUGCAGCGCCGUGCUCUGCUGUCGAAUGGCACCCCUGCAGAAAGCACAGAUUGUGAAGCUGAUCAAAGCGUCCAAGGAGAACCCGAUCACGCUGGCCAUUGGGGAUGGAGCUAAUGAUGUUAGCAUGAUCCUAGAGGCCCAUGUUGGCAUCGGUAUCAUGGGUAAGGAGGGUCGUCAGGCAGUGAGGAACAGUGACUACGCCAUCCCAAAGUUCAAACACCUCAAGAAGAUACUGCUCGUCCAUGGACACUAUUACUAUAUACGCAUCUCUGAACUCGUUCAAUACUUCUUCUACAAGAAUGUCUGUUUCAUCUUCCCCCAGUUCCUCUACCAAUUCUUCUGUGGCUUCUCACAACAGCCUCUGUAUGAUACAGCCUACUUGACUCUGUACAACAUCAGCUUCACCUCGCUGCCCAUUCUGCUCUACAGUCUAAUCGAGCAGCACAUUAACAUGGACAUCCUAAAGAAGGACCCGUCUCUCUAUAGAGAUAUUGCUAAGAACUCUUUGCUGCGGUGGCCCAUCUUCAUAUAUUGGACUUUCCUGGGUGUAUAUGACGCCAUCGUGAUGUUCUUUGGUGCUUACUUCCUGUUUGACAACACCACCUUCACCAGCAACGGACAGAUGUUUGGAAACUGGACAUUUGGGACACUGGUCUUCACUGUGCUAGUCUUCACUGUUACAUUCAAGUUGGUUCUUGAUACUCAUUAUUGGACUUGGAUCAACCAUUUUGUCAUCUGGGGAUCACUGAUUUUCUUUGUGGUCUUCUCUCUGCUGUGGGGCGGCAUCAUCUGGCCUUUCCUCAACUACCAGAGGAUGUACUAUGUGUUCAUGCAGAUGUUGUCCAGUGGUCCGGCCUGGCUUAGUAUAAUCCUUCUAAUAGCAGCUAGUCUGCUGCCAGAUGUGGUGAAGAAGGUCAUCUGGAGGGCGCUGUGGCCCACAACUACUGAACGCAUACAGAAUGCUGAUAAACUCUACAAGGGCCAGCUCUCAGAGUUCACCCCCCUGGCGUCUCUCCACGCCCCGCCCAAGGCUGGCAGCCACCGACAAGGCUCGGACAACCAAAGGAACGCCCCGACCCUUCGAAGGUCUGAACCCUAUAACAAGAAAAUCAUGUUCACACGCUGGCAAAGAAGGCCAGACUACUGCACCUUCACCCCUCUUCUCCGAUUCACCGAUGGCUCCCCCCGCUCGAAACAGGGACAUGCCUACUGCGGGGCGGGGCCAGAGACCUCAGUUUAAUUUAUUUCCGUCUGGUGUUUUUUCUUAUAUUCUGAUAUCAGAUACAGUGGCAUCCAUUUGGAGUUUAACUGAGCAAAGGAGUAAUUCUAAUUUAUCUAUCUACAAUGCCGGGAGUCAAAUAACGGACAAUGUUGUAAAUAGCAAGUAUCUGUAAUCCAUCUGUAAAGGAUUACAAUGAAAGUGACCUUCUCAACUGUUCCCAAGUCAGCAGCCAAGUAUGGCACAAAGCACUAUGGGACGGCUCUGGAAAAGGACUCCUCCACAUGGCCCUGCUCGCUGCCACAACGCGAAAAAAGGGCUCAGUGUAUUGAUGUCGAAUCAAGAGCUUUGAUUUCUUAAACCGUAUUGUGUCACACUGAAAAUAUGUGCACUGGCCCUUUACGUCUGCCUGCCUUUAAUAAGCAGCUGAAGUGUACUUUACCCCAAUUAUUAGGAUUUAUAUGAGUUUUUAAAAAAAACGAUUAUGGCGAUAAUCAUGAAGUGUUGUGAUGCUGCUGAUGAUGAAGACAGUAACAGCGCUUAAGCCAGCUCGAGCUUUCUCUGACCAAGCAUUGUCUUUUCUUUAUUCCUACCGUCUCUCCCUCUGUCUGUCCUGUUCUGCCUCUUUUCAGGACUAACUGGUGUUGCCUGUGUGCAAACAUGUUAUCUCGAAAUACUCCCUAGGACUCUGGGGCCAGCUCCUACAACACUGUAAGGAGGGGUGUAGUUGAGCAGUAAAGCCUAAGUGUUGGAUAAGUAGAUCUGAGGUGGUCUUUUUUUAUUAUUAGUGAUUGUAUAUUAUGUAAGUCCUAAAGAAGAAAAAAAAAAAAAAGGCUGACUUUAGCCUCACAUCCAACACGUAAGCUUUCAGACUCACAUUAGGUAGUCUAGAGCAGUGGUUCUCAAAUGUUUUCACAUCAAGGACCCCUAAACUAACACCAAUGAGACCACUACUGCCAUUUGGUAAGCUUUUGUCACAGCGUUCCCAUGAUGUUUUAGUACAGAAAGUAUAUAAACCCCAUGACCAAAAUAGUCAUGCUUUCCGUCCUUGUGUUAGUCAUUGAUGGAAUUAUAGUAAAAAUAAACAAUUCCCCUAUUUGCUGAGGCUACCUGGAACCCCUUUAACGACCCCUGGGGGUCCCCAGACCUCACUUUGAGAACCAUUGGUCUAGAGUGUGUGCUGAUAAGCAGUAGUUAUUAGUGUGUGUGUGUGUGUGUGUUGUAUUAAUCUCUGCAGGAUCUUCUUCUGUCAUUUUCUCUGUCUUUUUCUGUCUUUAAAGCACUUUUCUGUAGAGCUUCAUCUUAUAUAUAUUGAUAAUGUUAUACACAGAGAAGUUUUCUAUGGCUUAUUGUCUUAGUGAUAGAAUCCAGUAGAAGGGGCUAUGUGACGGCUUCCUGGCUGUUUCUUAAUGCCUUAAUGUGACCUUGUAACUACUACAUUAUCUUCCACCGAGACCAUUUACCAAAGAAACAGAAAGUCAGUGUACACACUCUUGGUUCUAUAGAACAGCAGAAAGAAUAUGAAAUUUAAUGAUGUCGCUU